AUGGUGCGCCUCGCUGUCUCUUAUAUAAAACUUCAUUCCGCUGUUCCUUUUCAAAUGCAAAAUAGAGAGUUAUUGCCGCAGUUUAUCGACCUAUUGGAUCUGUUGGAUGGGUUCAUCAUGGUUUUGGGGGCAGAUGGAGAUAUAUUGUAUGUCAGCGAGACGAUCAGUGUUUAUAUGGGGUUAUCACAGGUCGAGUUAACCGGGAUGCCAUUUAAAGAUUAUGUCCAUCCGGACGAUUAUGCACUUUAUCAAUGGGCCUUGGCAGCUUCAAAAUUGGAUUAUCAGCCGACUGGGUUGAGUCUACGAGUUGUAAGUUCUUUAACGAAACGAGCGAAUAGAGAAAUGGCAAGAGCAUCGCCGGGUUUUAAGGUUGUUCGAAUGGAACUGCGUGCUACCAAGAAUUGUGUAUUUGUACACCUAUUCCCUAUUCCACAACUUGUACUCUCCACAGUCACAUUCCCGUCUUAUUCAAUGUAUCUAUGCUUGCAAGUCGACUUCCGGAUACUACACAUUUCUACGGUCCUCGAACAACUUAUCGUACCAAGUAUGCUUGCGGAAAUCGGCGUGAAAGAUACUACCUUUUACAACUAUGUACAUCCUGACGACCUGGAAAUUAUAAAAAGAAUCCACUAUGACGCUUUCCACCUUCGAUCUCACAAGACGCCAUACUUUCGAUUGAUUCAAAAUGGCACCAGUGAUAUCAUUUAUGCGCAGGCAAUCGCCUAUCGGUAUACAUCACAGACCCUAAAAUAUAAUGUCGACUCGAUCUCGUUGAUUAUUCAAACCUUG